CCCCGGGACAGCCCCCCUCCCCGGCCCACCCCGUGCGCUUGGCCUUGACCUUGGGGUUGAAAGAGUGCGAGGGUCAGAACGAGGCCGCGUGAGACCGAGGGAAAGCAGCAGGAGGGAUGGGGGUUCCUGGGCUUCCUGGAAGUCUCUGAUCCCUGUCUUUUCUAUUUCUGUCCCUGGGAGAGCUGGAGGCUGGGGGCCGGGCCACCGAAGCCUGGGCGAGGAUUUCUACCGCGAGGCCAUCGAGCACUGCCGCAGCUACAACGCGCGCCUGUGCGCCGAGCGGAGCAUGCGUCUGCCCUUCCUCGACUCGCAGACCGGGGUGGCCCAGAACAACUGCUACAUCUGGAUGGAGAAGACUCACCGCGGGCCGGGUCUGGCCCCUGGACAGAUCUACACUUACCCGGCCCGUUGCUGGAGGAAGAAACGGAGACUCAAUAUCCUGGAGGACCCCAGGCUGCGGCCCUGCGAGUACAAGAUCGGUCCGUGGGGGGCCCCCAGCCCAGCCCCUGCCCCCAGUGUGAGCGUGGCCCAGCACUGUGAAACACCUCUGAAGAAGGAGGGGGGUCUCCCUGAAGGGCCAGUCCUGGAGGCCCUACUGUGUGCAGAGACAGGAGAAAAGAAAAUAGAACUGAAGGAAGAAGAAACCAUCAUGGACUGUCAGAAGCAGCAGAUGUUAGAAUUUCCCCACGAGCUUGAGGUGGAAGAUCUGGAAGAUGACAUUCCUCGCCGCAAGAACAAAGCCAAGGGGAAGGCCUACGGCAUUGGGGGGCUUCGGAAACGCCAAGACACGACCUCCCUGGAGGACAGGGACAAGCCGUAUGUCUGCGAUAUCUGCGGGAAACGUUAUAAGAACCGCCCGGGUCUGAGCUACCACUACACCCACACCCACCUGGCAGAAGAGGAGGGCGAGGAGAACGCGGAACGGCACGCCCUGCCCUUCCACCGGAAAAACAACCACAAGCAGUUCUACAAAGAACUGGCUUGGAUUCCUGAAGCCCAAAGAAAGCACACAGCUAAGAAGGCUCCAGACGGCACAGUGAUCCCCAAUGGCUACUGUGACUUCUGUCUGGGCGGUUCCAAAAAGACGGGGUGUCCUGAGGACCUCAUUUCCUGUGCUGACUGUGGCCGAUCGGGUCACCCCUCCUGUUUACAGUUCACGGUGAACAUGACGGCAGCUGUGAGGACGUACCGCUGGCAGUGCAUCGAGUGCAAGUCCUGCAGCUUGUGCGGCACUUCGGAGAAUGAUGACCAGCUGCUAUUCUGUGACGACUGUGACCGUGGCUACCACAUGUACUGCCUGAGCCCCCCCAUGGCGGAGCCCCCGGAAGGAAGCUGGAGCUGUCACCUGUGUCUCCGGCACCUGAAGGAAAAGGCAUCGGCCUACAUCACCCUCACCUAGGCCCGGCCCCCCCUCGCCCCUUCCCUCGCCUGCCCAUCCCCCCCUUCCUGACUCUGAGCCCCACCCCCAGGCUGGGGCCCCCCACGGGCCGGGUUCCCUUCCCCCGCCGAGGGGAGUAUGUGCCAGCUCCAGCCCCCUCCCCCCUGGGCGGGGAAGCUCGCCCUGCCCCCACUCCUGGACGGCGGGGGCUGGGGAUGCUGCUCUCCUCAAAGCCAUAACCUGCCUCCGGGCGGGCACUAGGGGGCGGGCACCGGCUAGGGAGGGGUAGGGGCAUGGAUGGAGCCUUUUUCUAGAGAAAAAGACAAAAAGUUAAAAAAAAAAAAAAAAAGACAAAGUAAUAUAUACAGAGAGACCUAUACACCUUGGUGGGCCUGGAUGGCGGGCACCUCCCCCCCAGUUUCCCACGGGGCUCUGACCUGGGCCCGCCGCCCGCCGGCCCCUCUCCCCUAAUUCUCUGGGGAAGCUGGCGGCUCGGGCUCACCCUGGGGGCCCACCCCAGUAGCGGGCACCGUUUCCCACCUCAUGCUCUGGGAGGCAGGCGCCAUGCUUGCCCCUUUUCGGCCUGCCCCCUGCCCCUUCCCGCGGUGCCCGCCGUGGGCGUUGCAUGAUGUGAACUAUGGUUUUUCAAGUCCUGUUCCCCUGCCCCCUCCUUGUGCCCGCUCCCCCAUGCCCACUGCAAACUGUGGGCAGGGGCCGGGCAAGGCGGGCCCCGGCGCUCGCCAGAAUGAGAAGCACAGAGUUUGCACCCGGACUGGUUUUUUUCUCCCCAUCCCCAUCCCCUCGCCAGGCAAGGACCAGACCCCUUGGCAAGGGGAGUCCCCUGAAACCUGAUGCCCGUCUUGAGGGCGGUUGGCGAGGGGGGCAGCUGUUUCUUGUGGUCGUGUGUGUUUCAUUGUUGGGGUAUCCAAAAGACACUGGGUUUCCUGGGCAAGUGGGCAAGGCCAGGGAGAGGGGGGGUCCUGGGGGGCCAGGGCGCCAUGGGCUGGCCCUGGCUUCCUGGCACCAUGGCCCCAUCCCCCCAGCUCCCUGUACAGCCUGUGCCCCCCCUUGCCUGCCUCUCCUGUGGAUCACCCUGUUCUGUGUAUUAAACUGGGCUUGGCCCUGCUGCGCCCUG